GUUGUAAGUCCGUUUGAUUAUCACACGAGCGUGCGCUGGUUUUUUCACGUUUCGCAUAAUCAUGUUCCGGACAAAAUGCAAGGAGCACGAUCACUCAUCGUUCUACAAGUUCUUACAAAUGGAUCGCAGCCAUAAGAAUUUGGAUUGUUACUUCUUUUAUUACUCCACCUGUAAGAAGGGUGACUUUUGCCCAUAUAGACAUGAACCAUCGGCUCUGGGUUGUGAAACUAUGUGUACAUACUGGCAACAGGGAAGUUGCUUUAAUGAACAUUGUAAUUUCAGACACAUGGAAUUAAAGAAAAAUCGUAAAUUAAUUCCUUGUUACUGGGAAACACAACCUGGAGGAUGUAGAAAACCACAUUGUCCAUUUAUGCAUACAAGUCCUCGUACUAUUUCUAAUGACCCUAUCAAUCCCGUGAAGACUACAGAAGUAGCAACAAAAUCUCCGAAUCAAGAGUGGUUGAAUCGUCAAGAUGACCCAAAGUAUGACGGCAGCAGUACUACUGAAUCGGACCAAGGAAGAGGAAACAGCGAAGCUGGUAGUUUUAUUGGCAGUCCCGCCGUCGAUCCUCUCAUCGUCAAAUUCGAAGAAGCUACUCUCUCUCUACCGCCUAGCUUGCAAACAAAUAUGAAUCUCCCGAACGCGCUCAGUAUCCCGAAGAGCCUGACAAUUCCCAACAAUCCUAACAGUCUCAACAUUCCCGGUAACAUCAGCGUCGCAAAUAAUCUAAAUGUCCCGCCGGCGAACUCGCAAUCCUCUUCCUGUCAUCAUACGCUAUCGUAUCCGCAUCAUCAACAAAAUUUACAUUCUCACUCUUCCGGGCAGUCUCUGUCAUCAUUGCAAAAUCAACAGAGCUCCCCUCUUCUCCAGCAAUCGCCAUAUACAUCGAUUCAUACGCAGCAAACCUCGCAGCCUCAGACCUCCCGAUUCCCCUUUCCGUUCCUCGAAUCCGAUAAUGAAAGUGCACCGUCGCCUGUAAAGUCGCAGCCCAAAGUACCCUACUGCAAGACCUAUGAGCAGAUGAGACUCGAAGAGAUCCAGGCAGAGAGUGCGGCUUAUUACUCCUAUGAGACUGGCAACUAUGGACUUCAGGGACAAAUGAGCAAGACAAUCGGGACUAAUCGAUUCAGUCUAUCGAAAAUGAAGAAAGAAGAAUCGUCAAAAGAAUUGGACUUUAAGGUAUUGACCCUGGAGGAGAUUCGCCAACGAAAGAAGGAAAAAGAGCUGGUGGUUGCUAAACCACCGACGGACACAACGUCUGUCUCGAAACCUUCGUCACCAAUCGAAGUAAAGAGCAUGAAAAGGCGUUCGAUCGAAGAGCAUUGCGAUAAAGACAGUGCUAAUUCGGCGAAGAAGUGCAAGAUUAGUUCUGAAAUCGCUAUGAGUAGCGAAUCUAUUAUUAAGGUGCGACCGAUAAAAUUGCGAAGAUCCUUGAAAAAGGAGACCGAAAUACAACCAUGCGAAGAUGUAAUUAUGAAUGAACAUUUGCCGAUGGACAAUCAGGACGAUCAAACCUCUUGCCGCGAGAAUCAGGAGAUUCACAGCGAUAAGACAUCCUACUGCGAAAGGCUAGAAAACUACGGCGAUGAAUUAGUUAACACUAACAGGAAAGUCGACGUAGAGAUUAGCCUGUGUGAUAGUAGCACGAACGAAGAGAAAACUCAGACGCAACUAGAACAAGCAUCAGAGAACAGAUCGGUUGCCACAUAUACGAAUGAUGAUAUGAAUACCUCGUUAAUAGACACUAAUCGGCCGUAUAUACAGACCGAGGAGGAGUACCUGCGAUUGGAUACUUCAGCCGAAGAUAUUAUGCGAGAUAUCGAGGAUUUGCUUAAAUAG